AUGUAUAAUUACAUGUUUAUCGCAAAGCUGAUUCCAUGGGAAUUAAUAGAAGUCAUAGAAAAUGAUUUACCAAUUAAAAUGAAAACACAUUUACCACCAAUAAUAGAAAGAUUAAAAGCCUUCAGUGAAAACAAAACAGAUUUAUCAAAAAAGUGGGUAAACAAUUCGCUAAUUUUAGUUGAAGCAUGUUUGGACAAAACAUGGGAAACAUUAAAUUCAGGAUAUUGGAAGGAUGUUCCAAUAGAGUACAGAUACUGUUAUUCACUAUGUACAAUUUUAAAGGCUGUAUUACUGGAACUUCAACAACAUGACAUUGAUGCUAAGGAGACCACGAAUAAAGGGAUUUUAUUAAAAGAUAUUGUUCAGCAAAUUGAUAAAGGUAUUUUAUUGGGCUCACCACUUCCAAAUAUGCCUUAUUUAUUACCAACAAUAGCUUCACAUCUAAAUAAUCAUACUGACUCAGAGGUAUUGGAGGCAUCAACAUUAAAGGACUUAAUUAGUGGUUCUGAAAGUUUACUUGAAUUUGUACUUCCUGGCUUUACUAACAUUAUUCAGUAUAAUGAACCAUCAAUGGAAUUAUUUUACAAAGAAAUUUUCAAGCCAAAAGUUCCAGCAUUAUUAAAAGGCUGUAUUAAACAUUGGAAAGCUUUAGAAGAAUGGCAAAACAUAAAUUAUUUAAGCAAAAUAGUAGGAAAUCGAACGGUACCUAUCGAAAUUGGAUCACGUUAUACUGAUGAAGAUUGGUCUCAGCAACUUGUUACAUUUUCAGAAUUUUUGCAAAAACAUGUACUAACAAAACAUGAAAAAGUUGGAUAUUUGGCUCAACAUCAACUUUUUGAGCAGAUUCCUGAAUUAAAGUAUGAUUUUACAAUACCUGAAUACUGCAAUUUUUCGGAAAAUGAAGAAGUGGAACAACCAGACAUAAAUGCUUGGUUUGGACCUAGUGGAACUGUUUCGCCUUUACAUUUUGAUCCGAAAAAUAAUCUGUUGUGUCAGGUAUUUGGAUAUAAAAGAGUUAUCUUGUAUCAUCCGAAGGAUUCUCCUAACUUGUAUCCAUAUGAUACAAGGUUACUCAACAAUACAGCGCAAGUAGAUCCUCUGAAUCCAAAUUAUGAGAAGUGGCCAAACUUGAUUAAAGCCAAAGGUUUUGUGAGUUAUUUGAAACCAGGAGAAAUACUUUAUAUUCCUCCAAAAUGGUGGCAUCAUGUAACAUCUUUAACUCCAAGCUUCUCAAUAAGCUUUUGGUGGAAUUAA